AUGAAGAACCACGAACUUACUCGUGAUUACAAGUAUCGUCUACUCUCCCUAACAUGUCGAGUGACUUGGAAGAGGGUAAUGUAGCGAUGUAGGUACGAUGAUCGAUAAUUUAUAAAUUCACCGUACUACAAAUAACUAUACACUUUGUUAAUAUUAAUAUUUUUAACAACUAUUCUUUAACAAUAUUUAAUUACAACUCUUAUUUAUAUCUUCGCUAAUUUGUUAUGUAUCCUUGACAAUUAUUUACAAACGUCUCCAUAGUAAUUAUGUUAAAAUAUUGAUUUUUACAGUUUCUUAUUUUAGAGUUUAACAAAGUUGGCGCCGUAAUUUAUUUAAAAUGGACUCUUCGACGAGAUAGUUGAGAAACAGAUGUCGCUGGAAUAGAUGUCGCUACAGCGAAAAUAAUAAUUGUCAAGGAUACAUAACAAAUUAGCAAGGAUGUAAAUAUUAGUUGUAAAAGAGUUAAUCGACAUUCUACAUUCUAUAAUCUAAAAGUAUAAAUUCUAAAGUAUAAAUUCUAGAGUCUAAAAUUAUUAUCAAUUAAAAGUGUAUAAAUAGUUAAUUAAUUAAUUUUUAUUGUUCAGUUAAAUAUUGUUAAAUUAAACAGUUAUUAAAAAAAUAAUAAUAAUAAUAAAGUAUAUUCGUUAUAUUUGUAGUACGGUGACUUUAUCAUUUAUCAAUCAUCGUACCUACAAAUAUGUAGGUACCGUGGUCGGUAAGAUCGUUGCUGUGUUCCAGAGUACCCACAAAUGUUAGCAAUAUUUGAUUUAAUGGACGGAAAGAUAAAAUAAACUUCCAAGUUUAGGUAUAUAUUUCUUUUUGUUUACACACUGGAUUUUCACAAUCUCUCGCUCUACAUGCUUCGUAAUCGUUCUGAGAAGAUCGCUGGCACAGAAAAGAAUGAGAGUGUUUCUUUAAUGGCAAAAAACAAGAAGCUUUUUGCCGCGCUUUUGUUUAUUUCACCCCAAAAAGGUGGCGCUGUCCGUUUCAUGCAAACGCACCUUUCCAUCUUUCGGCGGAAGUAGAUGUCACUGCAACACAUUGGGUGGCACUCGACGUCGCUACAAAUAUGCAUUUUAAUAUCUGUCAUAUAAGUACUAUCAUUGAUUAAUAGCACAGACGAGCUAUAUGAAAAGACAUUGCAUGACUAUGUACUUUUGUGACCACGAUUAUGCGGUCCUAGGAUCACAUUACCAUUUUUGAGUCACAUCCGUAUAACCUGUCAUACCGAUUCAGGUAAAUUUUGCACCGCGAAAAUCAAAAAAUAUGGACAGUAUUGCCAGAUUUGUUUCGAGAAUUAUUCAUUGAAUUGAACGUGGUGGUACUUCAUCAAUGAAGGAAUAUAACGAUUUAAAACAGAGAUUGAUGAAAAUUUAGUAUAUAUUUGAGAAUUAACAUCUAUUUAAUAUAGUAUAAUUAUAAUAAAAGUAUUAGAAAAAAUUGAUUGAAAUAUAUUUUUAACAACAUAAUUAUGAAUUAGAUAUCGUUUUACUUAUUUUAGUGUGUAACUUCAGAGUUUGAAUCCUGCAAACUCGAUUUUAUAAAAACUUGAAAGUAUCAAAGAAAUGUUUCUACAAAUAUUGUUUGGUAUAAAAUUGUAUUGUGUCACGUAAAUUAUUUUUUCCAGAUCGUUCGUUUUCGAAAUUUCGAAGUCAUUUGUUAAGAAAAAUUCAGUAACUUGCAUACGAGCUUAUUUAUAAUUCAUUAAAAAUUAAAGAAUUGUUGUUUAAAGUUCAGUAAAAUGUUGUUUAAACUUCAGAAAAUCGUACAGUUAGACUUCAAUUUUUAAGAUUCUUAUCAUGAUUCUGAUCAUGAAAAAAAAUUGUUUAGUCUUCGGCGAGACGUUUGAAUUUUUACAAUUUUCAAGAACAAAAGUAUUCUUAAGUUUGCACUUGCUACAUGAUAUAAAAAUAAAUAUCUUUGAACGAAACAAAUUUGAGAUUGUUAAAGUGGAGACACUCUAAAAAAAUUAUUCUACAAUUUUUUUUCAUGAAAUUAUAACAGUUUAAAGUAUUGAUAAUUUUUUAUCUAGUCUAUGAAUAUUUUCGUUCUUGACCAGAGUUUUUUAUUUUUUAUUACAGCGCCCCAACGAUAAAAUACGCAAUAUACUUUCUACUUCUCGAAAUAAUCGAUAUUUCUUACGAUCGAUUUUUAAGUGAGAGAAAUGGUGGAAAGAAGCACACCUUAUCUGUAAAGAAGAAAAUAUCAUCCAACAAUUCUCAGGUAAAAAUAUAAAUCAAUAGCUAUUUGAUUGUGUGGUGAAUUUUUAAGAUAAAACAUGCAUUUUUGGUUUCAAGGUAAGAUUCAACCAAGUAAUCAUUACAUAUAAUUUUCAAGAAUUAAAGAAAUUAUCGCAUAUAAACAUUGAAACAGAACAUAUUAUGCUAAAAGUUAUUUAUAAUUUUGUUUCAAAAUUUUAUUUCAUUUCUAACCAGUAUAAAUAUUGUAACUUUGUAGUUGACUAAUUCAUUGUUACAUAUGUAUACACGUAUUUUAUUACAUCCUCUUAUAUAUACACUUCUAUUACAAUAUUUUACUACUCAUUUGUUGAUUCUUUAAUCUCAUACUGCGUAAUUCUUAACAAUUUCAAUACUAAAUGCAACAAUAAUUUAUUGAGGAUGUGCGUAUUUAAUAAGUUAAAAUAAUAAUUUUAUUAUGUAAUAUAAUGAAAUUGUUCAGUUCUUAAAUAAAGUAAAGCGCAGAAAGUCUUGAAGUUCGAAAUUCGAAGUAAAAAGUAAUAACACGAACACAAUGUUUAUCUUCGUCUUAAUUAUCGUGUCUGUUCGGACAGGAUCAACCCAUCUCCUACUAUUUUCUCAAUUAAAAGAUGAGACGUGUCGCGGAGAAUCAUUCGGCUAUCGAAUUUAGUGACAACAAUACGUAUUACGUGACAUUAAAAUUUUUUCUAAUCUAUCGGUGGCGUCUUUUCGAUGGCGUCGUUUGUUCGACUCUUUUACUUCCAUUUAUACCUCAUUAAUAGUAUCAUUUAAUUAAUACGCGUGUGUUUAGUGAUUAAUUGAGCAUUACGAUAACGAAUUGUGUGGUGCUUUGAAACUUUUUGCACAAAUUUUUUUUUAAUCGUCGAUUUCACUCAUAUGGUUAUCGGCAGAUCAUCUCAUACGUUUUUUUAAUAGAAUUAAAGUUGAUUAUCAUUUCAUUUUUACAUAUUUACCGACAUUUGACAUAUUUGUUCUAAUUUUUGAUCUCUUUUUAUGCGGGUUAUUUCUUAAUCAGAGAUAGCAUAAAAUGCAUGGACAUCACAAACAUUUCAAUUGUUUCAAUUCAAAGUAAGAUCUUACACGCGUUUUUCGUAAUAUUUCUUAAAUAUAUUUAGCUGUGAAAUUUUGAUGUGAUAUAUUACUAAUGUGCAUACUUCUUAUUUUAAUAAUGAACAUUCAGAAUACAAUAAUUGUCUUUCAUUUACAGUAUUGAGAAAUACUUUAUAAUUUACAACUAAUAUUUUCAGUACAUAUUCAAGUUUCUUUAUAAUCAUAUUCUAGAAAAAUAGCAGUAUUUUCUAAAUGAACGUAUCCCUUGCUCUCUCUCUACAAAUCAGUUUUAUUUUCAGAAAAUUUUUGUGACCGCGCGCAAUGCGGUCGGUAGAGUCAGUAUUUGUUGCGCAAUAUUUUAAUACUUUUCUGAACAAAAUGGCUCUUAUUAAAUUAAAUUAUUAAUUCAUUUAAUUUGUAAUUCGCGAAUUUAGAGCCAGUGAGUCCGUCGAUUGCUAUUUAAAUGUGCGCGUUGAUAGUCUUUUAGUUUUUUUUUUUGUAUUUUUUCUUGUUCAAUAUUUGUUUUCGGUUGAGCGUCAAUGCUCAAGAAGAUAAGGUCUUUCUAAGAGAUCAAAAUUGUAAGUAGUUUUAUAUAUUGUAUCUUACAUUAUUCAAUUUUUCAAAUUUAACAACAAAAUAUAAUGUUUUAUGUUUGUUACAGAUACUUCACAGCAUCAAUUUUUUUGCAUUUUUUGGAGAAAAUCCAACGGUGACUCGAAAGCCAGAAAUGUAAGAAUCUUUCCAUUAUCUCCAACUUAAGAUUUUGCUUUUCUUUUAAAUACAAAAUUCUAAUGUUUAAUUAAUGUUUUAUUACAAAUUUUCUACAGUCUCUCCUAAUUUCUCCUAAUCCUCCAAGAAUCUUGCGACGCUUCAAAAAUUAAAAUUAUAAGUAUUUUGGAAUGUAUUUAAAUGUAUCUCUAUAGUUCUUUUUUUAUUGAAUUAUCGAAUGUAAUUAUAUUUAGUCGAAUGUAAAAUUAUAAUUAUAAAUUAAAAAUACUUCAAAUUAUUAGUCUCAAUUUUUAUCAUUAUUAAAAUUUAAAUUUUCACAAAUAACAUUGUGUCUUUAGAAACAAAAUGUUUUAUGUUUUUUAAGAAAUUUCCACGGCGUUUAUUUCUAGCAUGGGAUUCUUAGUGGCACCUAUUUGGUGAGGAUCUUCACGAUAACUUUCUCUGCUUCAGUGCAGCAUUGGUGAUAACGUUCUUCGCAUCUAUAUCGGGAGUCGCAUGCAUUUAUGUUCCUUCGGUCACUCAAUCGUGUCGUAGGACGAAAGAUCCGAAUCGGCGCGGGUAACUGGUUGUAUAUGUAGAAUUUUUGAUGAGCAUAGUGACCGCAGGUAUUUUUUAUGUCCGUGAGUAGUAACAUUUUUUCAUUUUUUAUGUAUUAAAUCAGAAUAGAGCUUCUUUCAUAUCGCGAUUUUAAUAAUUAGGAUAUGUACAUUUAUCGCAAUUACUUAUAAAAUCAAAAUCUCUUCAAUAUAAAUGUUUGCAAAAGUAAAAUAUUCAUAUGAAUAUCCAUAUGAAUAGAUAAAUUAUAAAUAUUUAUAAAUAAUUAUUAUUAAAAUGAUUUUGUUUGAACAUUUCAUAGUAGAGAAGAUGGAUAUUCUUCAACUUCGACUUCGUACUUAUGAAAGAUUCAGUUAUUACUUACUGAUAUUUCUGAUAUAUUUUGUUAUAAUAAUUAAUAAUUUUCAAUUUCAUCUUCAAUUUUAUAAUACCAUUAAAUGAUUUAAUUAAUUAAAUUUUAUAAUCAUGAGCUUCAGUAGAAUUUGAAAUAUAAUAGAUUAGAAUUUUUCCGCAGAAAAAUGUAUAAAAUUUUAUGUGCAAAAAGAUACUUCGCGACAGGUAGAUUUUUGAAUUAAAACAAGUUUGGACACUGCUUUCGCACUUUCGAAACUGUGCUUUGAUGAAGUCGCCUGAAAUUAUUUCCAUUAAUAUUUAAUUUAGAAUCAAUUGUUUGAUUCGUCAACUGUUAAAUUUCGUAUCAUUUUUAACAAAUUCAAGUCUUGCUCAUUGUCUUUAUUUUCUUGCAAUUUCAAUAAUUUCUUAAAAAGUAGAAUCAUUGCAGUUUAAAAUAAAAUAAUAUACAAUAGUCCGUUAGAUACAAAAUACAUAAACUAAUCAUUUUUUAAAUUCAGGAUUUUUAGGUUUAACUCCUUCCAUGUUCAUUGUUAGAAUUUCACUCAUGUUGCCAGGUGGGUGAAAGACAUUGGUCACGAUGACCAUAGAUUAUAAUUUUAUAAAAAAUUUCUCAGCGAUUGACAAUGUGUUAGCGUAUUGUAUUUGCACGACGUAUUUUCCGCAUGUGUGUGUGUGUAGUUAAAAUGUGGAAUUGUAUUUUAGAAUGUUUUUAUUGUAUUUCAUUCAUUAUAAGUUGUAAUAUUUAAAAUAUGGAUGCACUAAUUUGAAGUAUGAAUUUAUUACAAUAAUACCCAUUAAAUACACUAUAAUUAUAUUAUUAAUUAUAACAAUGAUUCCAAGUUAACUUGCACAUGUAAUUUGUAUGAAAAUUAUAUGUAUUUUUUCUCAAUUAUUAACAUCUUGUAUAUAGCUAUAAACUUGUUUUAUUUACGUUUUAUAUAACGUAAAUACCUAUAAUUCCGAGACAAAGAUCGUGCAACCUAUUUCUUUAUUUUCAUCAUUCCAUGGACAGAAUCGAUCGGUGGAACAGUAAUAAAAAUGUAACCAUGUUAAAUUUUUAGAUUUUAGAUUAGACAACUAUGAUUUCGUCAGAAAAUUCUAAACUGUCCCUUUAACUUGCUUUCCAUUUGUUAUUCUGCACGAUGUCAAUAAUGAUGAAAGGAAUUGGAAAGAGAGUGAGAAUGACCAAUAUUCAGUGAGAAUAUAUCAUUUUGAUUUCGUAUAAAAUUUCAAUGAAGUAUGUUAAAAUAUGUUAUUAAAUUUUUAACAAACUUGCAGUUAGUUCCGUAGUAUACUACAGAAUCCACGCGUUAGUAGAUGCAUAA